AUGACAGAGGCUGAUCUACCCACCAAGAAACUCCGCCUGGAUUCAGGUGAAAGUGUAAGUACAUCUGUUGUCAUGGAAAGUGCCAGUGAAAGCAGAGGAAAACAGAUGUGGACAAUAGAGGAGGAUGUGGGGAUUACGGAAUACAUAAGUCAAUCGUUGCCAGGAUUUUCUGCUGUGAUCAAACAAAGAUAUGCAGACUUCAUUGUUCAUGAAAUAGAUCAACAAGGCGAUGUAGUUUAUCUUACCGAUUAUACUAGCAUACCGAAGAGAGAUGAUCAAUCAACAAUGAAUAAUACCAGCGCAAGCCCUACUGAAUCUUCUAUUCCCGAAGACGCUAUUUACGAACAAUUGAAAGCUUUGACUGAUGAAGAGACGGCCGUAAAUAUCAAAGAGCUGUUCUCCAGUCGAGGUGAAAAAGACAACGUUGUUACGAAGUCUAUUGAUGACAAGAACAAACGCACUGCUAUCCAUAUGUUUAUAAGAGAGCACUUUGGCAAAAAAUUAUAUAGCGAGACGUUAGAUGGAGCCAUUAAAAUAGGCAAGCACACGCCAAAAUCGAGAAAAGACAGAAGGAAUAGAUUUCAUAGUGGACCAAAGCCAAGUCAAUGGUACUGUCAAUUUGUACUUUAUAAGCAAUGCCAUGAUACGAUAGAGGCUAUAAAUACCAUUUGCAGAAUUAUGAAGUUGCGUAUUUAUUGUUCAACGUAUGAACGUUUACUAUCCAAUGUCGGCGAUGGUUUCACUAAUCAGUUGUCCUUAUACAGAGCAAAUUCCAAACUCAUGUCAUAUGCUGGAACAAAGGAUCUCAGAGCUGUCACUACUCAAAGAGUGAGGGGUUCAAAGAUCACGGCCGAAAGAUUAGCUGGACUUAACAAGCGGUUUAAAGGAAUAACCUUAGGGAACUUUGAAUACGUCGAUGCCCCGCUAAAACUUGGCGAUUUGCGUGGUAAUCGCUUUGACAUUAUAUUAAGGCACGUCCAAAUAAGUUCUGAAGAUUUGCUCUCCGAUAUACUUGCAUCAUUAAAAAAUCACGGAUUUAUAAAUUACUUUGGAAUGCAAAGGUUUGGUACUAGUUCCAUACCGACUCAUCGAAUAGGCUGUGCGUUAUUACAAAACAAUUGGAAAGCCGCCGUCGAACUCAUUAUGAAACCCCGUGAUGGAGAACACGAAGAUGUGCGAAAAGCUAGAGAGCGUUGGAUUGUAAAUCAGGACGCAAAUGAAGCUUAUGCUUUGUUUCCCAAACGUUGCGUUGCCGAAAGACAGAUAUUAAACAAGUUCGCCCAAACCGGUGAUCUUAGGGACUAUGUUGGAGCUUUAAAUGCUAUACCACGCAAUCUUCGUCUUAUGUACGUUCAUGCUUACCAGUCUUACAUAUGGAAUUGCGUAGCUUCCGAACGAAGGAGGCUUUACGGUUGUGACGGACCAGUCGUUGGAGAUCUCGUCCUAGUCGAUGACGAAGUGACAGGAGAUGUCAUUGAUACUGAUGACAUCGUUAAUGAUGCGAGCACUGAAACAGAAGGCGACGUAGUUAUGUAUAAGGAGCCAAAUGUUGUCAUUGUAAAUGAACAAAACAUCUGCAAUUUUACCAUUGAUGAUGUGGUGCUCCCAUUACCAGGUCAUCUUAUUAUUUAUCCAGAGAAUGCACUGGGUGAAAAGUAUGUCGAACUUAUGGGUAAGGACAAAUUGGACGCGAAUAAUAUGACAAGGAGUGUGAGAGACUAUUCGCUGCCAGGUUCAUACAGAAAAUUUCUGGGAAAACCACAAGAUCUGACAUGGACUACUUUUCGUUACAAUGAUCCCAAUAUAGCUCUAAUUCUAACAGACCUUGACAAAUUAGAGGACAAACCAGAGCCUACAUCAAUCCCGAACGGGAAAUAUGUGGCUUUAAAGCUCAGUUUUAACUUACUAACCAGUCAGUAUGCUACAAUGGCCCUGAGAGAGAUGCUUAAGAAAGAUACUAGCGCAAUGUCUCAACAUAAGUUACAAAUAGAGCAAACUGCUUGA